AUGCUGCCACCGCCGGCACCCUCUCCGCCCUCGGCAUCCUCACCCGAUGAUUCCCAACUUCCGCAAGGGCAAUGUCGCUACAUUUUAACACAGACAGAUGUCAAGGGCCAUCGGUGUGCCUGUGUCACCUUCAGCCGCAGACUCUCCUUACCCGGUGCUACCUGCGACUGCGGCCAUCAGGCUUGCUUCCAUCUGCCCAGCGCGGGUGCUAGUUCCCCGGGGAGGCAAGAUGAUCUCACGGCAAUCACGACCAGAGUCCAGGCGCUGGAGCAGCAAGACGGUCUCCUUGAGCGCCUGAGCCAGAUGGAGGAGUCACUGGACAAGGCGCGUGAAGAGCUGCAGAACGAGAUCAAGGGUUCUUAUCGAAACAUAUCGGCCGCCUGGCAGCUUAUAGAGCAGCUCCAGCGCAGGCUCGUAAAUUUUGAAGAGGUGCAUCGUCUCCAUGGCGAGCAGUUGGACAGGGCCAGCCAAGAAAUCCAGGAUCUCCGCAACCGCAACUUGGAACUGUUAGAGACGGACGAAAUGUUGGAGGAGAGACUCGAGAAGCUCGAGGGGGCGGAAGGCAUGGACGCAUUACUUUCCCCAGAGCAGGAGGCGGUCGAUGUUGGGUGCACCACCAAUGCCAUCGCGCCGCUGCAAGGACGUCGGAUGGUAGCCGUAUCUGGCACGGACGAGGAGUCCUUCUCAACGUCCGUGAGCACGGCCUUUCGAGAAGUUCUGCAGGGUGCACCGUGGGAGCCCCUGCAGGUCCGAAUAUGCGAUGCCAGAGACUUGGAAGGGUUGCCUAUGCUUCGUCCUCUUAGUGCCAGUCUGAGCAAGGAGCCUCGAGAUUUUGAGUUCCUGCGUAGCCACUGCGCUGUCUGCGACAGCAAUGGACGCAUUCAGGCAAUGUACAUUGCACCGCGGGAACACAGCCUGUCGUGGCAGAGCAUCAGGAAGAUGCCGACUUAUGUCGAGGGCUUGGAGUGCAGUUGGGAGGGCGACAAACAACUGGACGGUCCCGUCGGAGGAGAGCACGCCAUCUGGACAGGUUCAGAUUCGUGCGCGCGGCUACCUGCGAAACGAAGCAGUGCCGAAAUUUCGAGUGGCCAUACGAUGGGCGAAAGCGAUGAGCUGCAGGCCAAGAAGAGAACGCGUGCAGCAUGCCCGGCCUGGUAG